AUGAAAUCGUGUAGGAAGAGAGAACUGUCAUGAAGUAGAACAGCUGGGGUUGAAAGGGACUGGACUGCGUGCCCACGAUCACACUACACUGAGGUAGAGCCUCUGGAGGCAGGAGGGAGAGGUCAGGAUGGCAGGUGUUGGGGCAAGUGCCACGGCUAACCCUGCCUGUAAGAUCAUGACCUUUAGACCUACCAUGGAGGAGUUUAAGGACUUCAACCAGUACCUGGUUUAUAUGGAGUCUCAGGGAGCUCAACGUGCAGGACUGGCCAAGGUCGUUCCACCCAAGGGCUGGAAGCCACGGCGCAAUUACGAUGAUAUUGAUGAUUUCGUCAUCCAAGCACCUAUUCAGCAGAUGGUGGCUGGCCAAUCAGGACUCUUCACCCAGUACAACAUCCAGAAGAAACCUCUCACUGUGCAAGAAUUCCGCAGACUGGCCAACAGUGACAUGUACUGCACACCUCGCUACCUGAACUAUGAAGAUCUGGAGAGGAAGUACUGGAAGAAUCUGACAUUCGUCUCACCCAUCUAUGGUGCUGAUGUCAGCGGCACGCUCUAUGAUGAGGACAUCGAAGAGUGGAACAUCGGGCACUUGAACUCAAUCUUGGAUGUGAUUGAGGAGGAUUGUGGAGUGUCCAUUCAGGGCGUAAACACACCCUAUCUGUACUUUGGAAUGUGGAAGACCAGCUUCUCCUGGCACACGGAGGACAUGGACCUCUACAGCAUUAACUACCUGCACUUUGGGGAGCCCAAAUCCUGGUAUGCCAUCCCUCCAGAACAUGGGAAGAGAUUGGAGCGUCUUGCUAUAGGUUUCUUUCCUAACAGCUUUAAAAGCUGUGAGACCUUCAUGAGACACAAGAUGACUCUGAUAUCCCCCUCUGUACUAAAGAAAUACAGCAUACCAUUUGACAAGAUAACACAGGAAGCGGGGGAGUUUAUGAUCACAUUUCCAUAUGGUUACCACGCUGGCUUCAACCACGGCUUUAACUGUGCUGAAUCCACCAAUUUCGCAAGUAUCCGGUGGAUUGAUUAUGGAAAAGUUGCUACGCAGUGUACAUGCAGUAAGGACAUGGUGAAGAUCUCCAUGGAUCCGUUUGUCAGACGAUUCCAGCCGGAUCGCUAUCAGGCUUGGACACAAGGCAAAGACUCAUGUCCAUUGGAUCACACCCUGGCCACACCCAGCACCACACCAGAGCUGCAGAGCUGGCUUCAGAGGCGGCGCAGGAAAGCGCCCUCCACCACAAGGUCAUUAAAAAUCGGAAAUGUAUGUGCAAUACUUGUGUGUUUAUAUCUCAGAAAACCUGUUUUAUUGUUUCAUGACACUUGUUUUGUCUUAUUAGGGCUCUCUGGUCCAUGUCGGCAAAUGUGUGUUGUUAAAGUAACAAGAGUGGAGAAUGACUUGCUUGCCCACUCCUCUAGACAAGUCAAAGAUGCUUCCCCUGAGCGACUCUCGACCCCUGCCACAUCCAGGCAGAGUGACCCCGAUCCAGGUCACUCAAGCUCCCAUACGUCUUCAAAUUUCUAUGAAGGUCAAGUAUCCACAAACACAAGCUGUACCGCACAGCCUGGACCUGAACCAACCUCAGAGAGUGACGUCACUGUGGAUGUGACUCUGGACUCAGAAAGAACUACUGAAAGUCCUAAUCAAACACUAAACUGUGAAUCUGUCCCAGAAACAAGUGCUCCUUCUAUUCCUGUGACCCAUUCGUCAAGACUUAACUCCACUGGUGCUGCGGUUUUAUUUUUGGAAGCUGAUUCCCAACAAGCUAAAAUUGAAACCGAAGAGGCAGUCACCGAUAUCUUGGCUGAAAGCAGCAUCGAUUGCGGCACAUCAGCACUUUACGAGGAGCAAAGCUCGAUCCGUCUAGACUCGGCUCAGGAUUCAGAAACCUCAGAGAACAGAACAAACCCUGAAAUCCAGACUACUCAGUUUUGUGAGAUGCCUCUUCUAAUGCCCGAGCUCACGGAAGAGAGAGUCAAUCCUCAAUCCCUCGCACCUGAAAUGCCCUCGCUGACUCUCGCUGUCCGACCCGACACUACAAAUCACAGACCUCACAGUCCGAACAACAGUGCACCUGUUCUCCAUCGGGAAAAAUCACACUCGCCUCCUGUUAUAACAGAUGAUGUGGCGACUUGUUCUGAAAGAGCUUGUUAUGACUGGCCCUUCGUUGCAUCCCAAGAAGGCGUAAACCAAUCACAAAACUCAAUCUCAGACAGCUUUAUAGCAAAACCAGCAUGUCCUUCCUUGGUUCCGGAAUGGGGGCCACCAGAGGAGUCCAAACAGGAAGGACAUGAACACACAUGCCCAUCCACAGACCAGAACACUCGAAAUGAGUCCAUUUCGCAGUUUAAAAUCACCACUCACGGUAUUUUGCAAUGUUCUACCGUAGCAGAUGUGGAUUUAAUGGACGCUCGAGACUCUGAAAUGACCGAUAACUCAGUAGAAAGAAGUCUUGAAGAGCAGUCAAGCUCUCUCACAUCCUUCCAGGGCUCCUUCAUGGAGUCCAAAACCUUCACCAUUUGGAAAAACCUCAGCUCCCAGAAUCCCGCAGUGCUCAUUGAGAGCUUGCAGCCCGAGCUGGUAGUGGGUCUUACCACAGACUAUGCUCAUGACUCGCUGCCCUACACCAUGUGGUCCGAAUCGGGGUUCCAACAAGAAAAGUUCCCUGAUUCCCCAAACUCUUCAUCAUGCACUCAGACCUGGACCAACCUGGAGCCCAUUCCCAUGCAGUGCUCUGGUGCAGACAUGGCUCCAAACGCACCCCCGGAUCUGAAGCAGCAGAACGUGGAGUUGGAACCAGCUAAAGCUUGUGUGCUCGGUGAGCAGGCAGGCUCUCAGGAACCUCAGGAGGAAGAGUUCAAAGGUCAGGAGUAUUACGAAUGUGCGAAGUCAGAGCAUGAUGGGUCUGUGAGCGACUCUGAUUGGUGUGAAUCAGGAGAUAAAGGUGCUGACAGCAGCAGUGAAUCCAGUGAGGAGAAUGCCAUGAGUGACCCUGAGUAUGUGGAAACGGGCCUGGAGCCUGGGGAAGUCUGUACAUAUCAUAUGCAAACUGUUAAGAAGACAACCAAGAGCUGGCGUCACCCCCUCAGAAAGCCCACGGCAAGAGCAGUGCCAAGUGCUGUGAAACAGCAGGCUGCCAGCGAUGAUGAGACUAUGGAGGAGUGUGCGACUAAAGAAGAGGAGCCGGAAACUGAGGAAUGGGCAAAGCCUUUAGUGCAUCUGUGGCAACACAGAAAAGCUCAUCUUCAGUAUGAACGAGAGUACAACACGACUGCAGCUAAAAGCGCUCCACACUGUGCUGUCUGCACCCUUUUCAUGCCAUACUGUCAGCCUGAUAAUUUAGAUGAGAGAAGGCACGAUGUCUUGACGAGUACUGCCACAGAGUCUCAGGGGUCAUGUUCUCAGGAGGCAAGCUUGACAUCACGACCUCUGAUCCCUGAAAUUUGCUUUGCGUACCAGGAGGGCCCAUGUCCCUUGAACACACUGCUGGAGGAGGAUGGAUCCAGUCCUCUUGUGGCCUGCAAUAGCUGCUGUGUUCAAGUUCAUGCCAGUUGCUACGGUGUUGCUGCUCAUGAUGUCGGCCCAGUGUGGACAUGUGACCGAUGUGUGAGCGGAGACCUGGCAGCUGGAUGCUCUUUGUGUAACCUGAGGGGAGGUGCGUUAAAAAGAACCUCAGAUGACAGAUGGGCGCAUGUGAUGUGUGCUGUGGGUCUCCCUGAGGUGAAGUUCAUUGAUGUGGUGAAGAGAGCUCCUAUUGACAUCAGUGCUAUACCUGUUCAGAGAUAUAAACUGAAGUGUAUAUAUUGCCGGAACAGGAUAAAGAGGCUGUCUGGCGCGUGUAUUCAGUGCUCAUGUGGUCGUUGCCCAACCUCUUUCCAUGUCACCUGUGCACACGCAGCUGGAGUUCCCAUGGAGCCUGAUGAUUGGCCGUAUGUGGUUUUCAUCACCUGUCACAGGCACCAGUCACGGAGCUACAGUGCUAAAUUGAAAGUCAGCAAAAGUGAAUUAGAAGUGGGCCAGACGGUGAUCUCCAAACACAAAAAUCUUCGUUACUACAGCUCACGUGUUACGCAGGUCACGGCCCAAACAUUCUAUGAGGUCAUGUUCGAUGAUGGCUCAUUCAGCAAUGAUACAUUCCCUGAAGACAUUGUGAGCAGAGAUUGUUCCCAGCUUGGGCCUCCUGAAGUGGGGGAGGCUGUUCAGGUGAAGUGGCCCGAUGGACUUUUUUAUGGAGCCAAGUACCUUGGCUCUAACACUUCAUAUAUGUACCAGGUGGAAUUUGAAGAUGGAUCCCAAGUAUUGGCGAAGAGGGAGGACAUUUACACACUGGAUGAAGACCUGCCCAAAAAGGUCAAAGGUCGUUUGUCCACGGCGUCCAGCAUGCGUUUCCAGGAUGCGUUCUUCACCACACAAGGUGAAAGGAAAAGGCGACGCACACCGAAUUCUCGCUUCCAGACGGAUUAUAUCGCACAUAUAAGCCCUCGAACCUUCGCCAGGAUCUCAGAGACACACAGUAAAGCCAACUAAUGGAGGAAUGCAGAGCCCUUAAAUAACAAGGGGGGUUUGAAGAUUGUAAAUCAGCGAGAUCAUGAUUUUUAAAAGUGACAGAAAUACUGUGGUCUCAUAUGUCAGGGACAAGAAUGUUUUUCUAAAUUAGAAGAUUUUCCUGUUAUAUUUCAGAGGUUUUUCUAGCCUCAAAUGAUAUUCUGUAGCAUCGUAAUCUUGUAAUUUCCUCCCCAACACUGCUGAGAUUAAUUUCACCUGCAUGCUUGUUUUGUAAAUGAUUUGUCUUGUGUCAUGCACCAUUCCUAGUCACUGACACUAUUAGCAUUGAGCUUAAAAUGGUAUAAAUGCCAAAUAAAAAAAAGUUGCUACUGAUGUCCAGCAAAGCACAUGUCACCUUUUACUUUAAAUCUCCAUCUUUUUAUUUAUUUGGGCUUUUUUUUUUUUUCUUUUCUAUGUGGUGCUUACAGCUGUUGAAAAGAUUAAAGAGAUGUUUGCUUUGUGAUCUGUGCCUUGACCUCAGUUGAUGAAAUGCUUUACACUUUAUUUUUUAUUUAUAUAGCUGAUAUGGAUUUAUGCAAAUCUACUGAAUAUAGCUCACAAUAUCAAUAGGAUAG